AUGCGAUUGUCCUCAAUUUUAUCACUUCGUCGAAUUGUAAACAGUGGUUUCCAUCCAUUUCAAGUAAUUCCAAAACCGGAUAUGUGGAGAAAACGAGAACAACUUCAACAAUUCACAGCGGUUUGUUUUUUCGAUUCAAAUUAAGUAACAUUUUAAUUGAAAUCAAAUAAUUUUCAGUGGCAAUAUGCAUCUGAACGAACCACAGUGAAAGGCGCUUAUCGAAAACAAGACAAACUUUUUCAUUAUUUGAAUAUGCAGCGGGAAGAUGAGAAAUUGACGGAGAAAUAUGUAAGUGCUUUGAAGUUUCGAUCCAAAAUAAAAAAUCAAAUUUUUAGCAUGCCGAACAACGAGUUUCUACUGCUUUAGCUGAACAUGAUAUGGAAUAUUCGAAAUUCAAAUCAAUUUUGUCAAAAUCGCACAUUUUGUUGGAUAAUAUUGUUUUGGCGCAACUUGCGAUUUAUGAGCCAAGGUCUUUUAAGGUUAGUUUUUUGGUUCUACCUAAAAUAUCACCAAAAUCUCAUGUUUUUAAUAAAACAUCUUUUGAGCUCUUGUUUUUCAGAAAUUUCAGUCAAAAACCCUUAAAAAUAGCAUCAAUUUUUCCGACAAAUUUCAUACUGACAAUUUCCACGUCAUAGUUCAAGUUCUAAGAAUAUUUUAUAAUGAGAGUUUCCUAACUGCCACGUCAUUUUCAGAGAUUAUUCUCAUUUCAUAUUUUCCAGAGUUUGGUAUCAUUCGCCAAAGAAUUGGCUCGACAAGAAGGAAUGAGUGUAAUACCAGAUGAUGCUGAAUUCUCCUACGAUGUUCAUGUUGACAAUUCGAUUCUUCGCGAUCCACUUCCACGAGCUGUUGAAUAUCCACGUGGUGCUGCUGAAAAUCACACAAAUAAACCAAGAAAACUUCGACCGGAUGAGUUUUAG